AUGCUCGUUCGAUCGGUGCGUAGGGCAGAAAAUAGAGGUAGUGUGAGGAAUGCUGUACUACGAGCUUCGGCACAUCUCCUUCAUGAUAAUGUCAGACUCUAUAUAGCUAAGGAGACCCAUAAAAAAAUUGAAAAGCUAGCUAGCCUCCUUAAGGCUUUCCUGGCGAAGAAAAUUCUCACCAAGUUUGAUGACAUUAAUCGGACGGUCAUCGACUUCUUCGACACCCAGCCUCCCCACUUCUUCGAGAAGGGGAUGGUUGACCUGCCCGUUAGGUGGAGCACUGUAGUGACUAACGAUGGCUAUUGUACUGUUGAUUGA